UUUGUCAAAAUUAAAUUUGGGGGUUCAUAUUAAUCUGUAAAUUAAAAAAAAGGAAAAAAGAAAGAUAUUUGUUGAAUUGAUUAUCUAAGUUUGAGUUGCUGUACUUGAAAUGAAUGUUAGAGAUACAACUAGUUGUAUAGCUUGAUCAGCGUAUGGAAGACAAUGAUAAACAUAAGCCCACUUACAAGGAUUAUUAUCAAAUUCUAGAAGUAGAUUACGAUGCUACGGAGGAGAACAUCAAAUUAAGUUACAAAAAACUUGCACUGAAGUGGCAUCCUGACAAACACAAAGGUGAUUCUGCUGUCACUAACAAAUUUCAAGCAAUCAACGAGGCUUACACAGUGUUAAGUGAUCCUGAUAAGCGGCUUGAGUAUGACUUAAUUGGGAACUAUGAAGUUGAGAAGUACACUUUACCGGAAUACUUAACCAGAUUUAAAGGGAUGAUACUUACUUGUAAUGGGCUGGGUCUUGGUCACACAUCAAUUUGGUCACAGCAGUUGAUGGAAUCUAGCGAGUUCGAUGAUAAAUAAGGUUCUGUUGUGGAGUCUUUUUAAUUCUACAACUAGCCUUUGUACACAUUCCGGCCACUUCACAUCUGCUGGACCUAAAUUUCAUACUACAAAAAUUUCCCCAAUGUAAUUGAAGAUGUGAGAGGUCUACACUGUACAAUGAGUUUAUCUUUCAGGCAAAACCUGUAUUUGGUUUUUACAUGGAAGAAAUGUUACGAUUUGCCCGUAACUUUCAAACACUGACCUAGCGUCGAGCUAUAAUGGCAUAUUUUUGCAAACAAGUUACGAAUCCAUGUUUCUGGAGGGCAUCGUACGAACCUCUUUAAUUGAUAUGGUGCUCCUUUCUCUUA